CCUUCUACCUUGUACUAUCAGUCAUUACUGAUCCUCCUCCCCCUUCUUAAUAGGAAUCACUUCUAUUUCUGGAAUAAGAAAACUAAUGAAGUUUCCUGGUACCCACCAGCUAAAACUACCUACCAGCCAAAGCAGACAUUAGCAGAGGAGCAAAGGAAAAGACUUUCAAGGAAGUCUGGGCCUUCAUCUUUCAAGAAAAAGAAAAAGAAAUUUACUGAAGAUACUGACCUAGACCCAAUGGAUCCAGCUGCUUAUUCUGAUGCUCCAAGGGGGACAUGGCAGUCUGGUCUGGAAGAUAAAGGAGAAGCUAAGACUGGUGUGGACACAACCGCUAAUGGACCCCUCUUUCAAAUGAGGCCUUACCCCAGCCCUGGGGCCAUCCUUAAAAUGAAUAAAGAUAUUAAAUCAUGAUUCAUGCACUUGCACUUUUAUUAAUAAAAACUUAACAUCAACUGUCUCUUCA